GUUUGUGUAUGCAGGUAACGGGAAGAGAGCGAUAUUGAAGCAUGCGAACGCUCGUUUCGUCGAAGGACCCUGAAUGCACGGAGCUAAGCUUUUGUUUGAUGUCUUGAGAUACGAGGUGACAAGCCUCCUUGGACUCCGCGAUGUUGUCUAAGGAUUUGACUACAACCUCGAGAACUUGGCUUCUUUAUACGCCAAUGCAUUCAUUACUCCAGGACGCGUUAUCACCGGAUCGCUCAUCGAGAGCUAAUGGUACUUGUGCGGACCAGCAUCAAACAUGUCUAUUGCACAAAGCCACUGACUAUAUUGACGGAGCAUAUAGUCUCUUGACGUGCCAGUGACGUAACCUCACCAAAGAGGUUAUAAGUUCAAUCCGCGGUGACUGCUAUGUCCUUUGACGACAAACUCCUUGAAUCGAAAAAGGCUUGAAAACUUUAGUCACAAUGAAAGCGAUUGGCGUUGAAGAGUACGGUCCUAUUGAUCACCUCCAGGCGAGGGAAAUCCCGAAGCCUUCCGAGCUCCAGCCCCGGGAUUUGUUGGUUCGGGUCAAAGGAGUAUCCGUGAAUCCAGUGGAUACGAAAGUGAGAAACGGAACUUACGAUGACUACCCAGACUACUAUGAUAAUGUUCCCCGACCGUUCCAAAUCACCGGAUAUGACGCUGCAGGUGUUGUGGAAGCAGUGGGCUCUGAGUGCUCCUACUUCAAGGUCGGAGAUGAGGUAUUCUAUUCCGGAAGUCCUAUCAGGCAGGGUUCCAACGCAGAAUAUCAAUUGGUGGAUGAAAGGAGUGUGGGACAAAAGCCGAAGCGUCUGGACUUCGUCGAAGCUGCUGUCAUGCCAUUGACAUAUAUCACGGCCUAUGAAGCCCUAGUGGAGAGGCUGGGAAUCAAGAAAGGCGAGAGAACAGCAAUCUUGAUCAUUAACGGCGCUGGUGGAGUCGGUGCUGUGGCAAUUCAGAUUGCGCGCGUGUUGCUCGAAGUACCGGUGGUCAUCACGACAGCCUCGCGACCGGAGACAAUCAGCUUUGCCAAAGCAAUGGGUGCUACGCACGUUGUCAACCACCGGGAGGACGUUUCAAAACAGGUAGCAGAUCUGAACCUUGAUCUCCCUUUGAAGUACAUUUUCAUCACACAUUCCACGGACCAGUACAUGGAUACAUGUGCCAAGGUUUGUGCUCCAUUCGGUAAGGUUUGUUCGAUUGUGCAAGGCCAGGCGAAAAUGUAUGGAACCGAGUUCAUGUCCAAAUCUCUCACAUUCGUCUGGUGUCUGCUUGGCACGAAACCGUAUCACAAGGUGGAUGUUGAUUCGCAUCAUCGCAUCUUGGAGGAACUCUCGGAAUUGAUCGACUCUGGAAAGAUCAAAUGCCAUUUGACCAAGCGACUGAAGCUCACUCUCGAAGGUGUCAGGAAAGGGCAUGAACUACUUGAAUCUGGUGGAAGCAUAGGGAAAGUGGGCUUGGGGCCGGAUGAAGCAGGGUCCGGAGAGCCAUUCGCUUGAAUUGAUUAGCAUAGAGACAUUGCUACCGCAUGUUACAGCAGCAUUUGGUAGGAUAAUAAUCAUACACUGGUAUAAU